AUGUUAAGAUGCUCCAGGAUGCGGAAGUACGACGAGCAGCUACUGCUUGUGCAGAAAUAUUUGAGAGGAUGGAUAAAGAGCUCUUUUUCGGAUUGUGUCAGAACCUUGGCCCUAGCCUUUGUCAAGAGUGGUUCAACGAAUUUAAAGGCAUCAAUCAACUUACAGAAGACAUCACGCCGUCAAAUAAUGGCACCCAGUUGA